AAACGUCAAACUACAUCCAACAUUCAUUGAAGCGAACGGGCACACACAUAGAAGAGCCAACAAGACGAUUCAACACGCAUCGAAGUUUCGAUCUGCCACUUGUCACUCGCCUUUUCGGCAACUACAAGCGGCAGUAGAGUUUUGCUCGUUGACCCAGCUGUUGAUCGAAACAAGCGGGGCGCAUAUCCACCAAGUAGGCUCUGCUGAAUAUAUUCAGCGGCGACGCAUCUAGGACAGGUGUUGGGCGCCAUUCCUUCACUCAAUACGAACGAUAACAAACAGUACACCUACAAGAUGAGUGCUGCACUGGCGAUUGUGAUGGUCUUCGUGGGAUGCUGCAGCAACGUGGUGUUCCUGGAGCUAUUGGUCAAAAUCGAUCCCGGCUCGGGCAACCUGAUCACGUUCCUGCAGUUCCUGUUCAUCGCCCUCGAAGGCUUCAUCAACACGUCCAAAUGUGGCACCGUCAAACCACGGAUCGGCCUCCGAGACUACACCAUUCUGGUGGCGAUGUUCUUUGUGUCCAGCGUCUGCAACAACUACGCCUUCGACUUCAACAUCCCGAUGCCGCUGCAUAUGAUCUUCCGGGCGGGAUCGCUCAUCGCCAACAUGGUGAUGGGGAUCGUCAUUCUACGCAAGCGGUACGCCUUCUCCAAGUACCUUUCGGUAGGAAUGAUCACCGCUGGAAUCGUUAUUUGCACAAUCAUCUCCGGAAAGGAAGUCAAGAGCACCCAGGUGGUGGAAACCGAAGAAGAGGAAGAUCCAAUGACCGUGUUCUUCUGGUGGGCGGUGGGUAUUGCGCUGCUGACGCUUGCUCUUUUCGUUUCCGCUCGAAUGGGUAUCUAUCAGGAAGUGCUCUACAAACGCUACGGAAAACACCCGAAGGAAGCCCUGUUCUACACUCACUUGCUACCGCUGCCCUUUUUCUUGAUCCUGACCACCAACAUCUGGGACCACAUCAAGAUAGCGAAUGCCAGUGAGCUAUACGCGCUGCCGAUCGUCAACAUCGGCGUUCCGAUUAUGUGGGUCUAUCUGCUGGGUAACGUUCUCACGCAGUACCUUUGCAUCAGUUCCGUGUACGUGCUGACCACGGAAUGCUCCUCAUUGACCGUUACCCUAGUCGUGACGCUCCGCAAGUUCGUCUCCCUUCUGUUUUCAAUCGUGUACUUCAGCAAUCCGUUCACCAUCUACCACUGGAUCGGUACGCUUUUGGUCUUUACAGGGACGAUAAUCUUCACCGAAGUGAUCGACAAAGUUCGACAAGCGCUGGCUCCGCCGAAAGCGGCAGCAGCAGCAGUGGGCGAUAAAAAGGGAAAUUAAAUGAAGAAAAUAGGAUCGAUGAAGGCCACAAAUGUCCAAAAGGUGGACUAAGGUGCUCCCUAAGGGAUUGUUCAGGAUUGUUUUAUAGUUUUACUAAUGUAACAAACUUGUACGAUAAUUUUAUUGUUUUACUUGGCUUUUCUAAGUAUGGAGCAUAUGAUUUGAGUGAGAAACGAACAGUUUGAAUGUGUGUGAGUGACUUUACUUGAUUUCAAAAUCAAAUCAUAUCGUUGGGCUGUUUCCUGACUAGUAAUACAUCAUCAGCAACAAGUAGUCAUAGCCAUGCAUUUGCAAUUAUUUUUUUAUAUUGUAUUGACAAAGUUAGACUAGAUUAAUAAAAUAUCGUUGUCUUAA